AGUCUUUAAAACUACUGGAACUAUUUGAAGGUUUUGAAAAACAAAUGACCAUAAUUAAUGUGUGAGCCUUUGAGAUUUUAAUACAAAAAUAUUAAAAAUAUACAUACAUUACUAAAAAUGGCAAAAAAGUACAAUGUCUGAUAAAGGUUCAGGUGGGACAAAAGUCCACAAGCUCUCCUCCGAAUCACUCCUCCUUGGAGAGGUAAUCAGCUCCAGCUUCCUCUCUGCCCUGGUGAGAUCUUCACAAAGCUCCUGACUCAACCCUGCAGCCAGACCUUGCAUGAAGGUUGAUGAAAGACAGAAACAGCUAUGGAGAAUCAUGUCACCCAGAUUUCCAAAGUGGACCUGGAGGAGCUCAAAGACGCUUUCAGAAAAAUCGACAUCGACAACAGCGGCUAUGUGAGUGACUACGAGCUGCAGGAGCUUUUCAGAGAGGCCAGUUUACACCUGCCAGGAUACAAAGUGCGAGACAUCAUCGAGACCUUCAUCAGUGGAGACACGAACAAGGACCAGAAGAUCAGCUUUGAGGAAUUUGUCUAUAUCUACCAGAAGCUGAAGAGCCAGGAGCUCAGUGACGGCUUCAGGAAAGUCCUCUCCAGGAAAGAUGGGAUCCAGUCCUUAGGAGGCAUUUCAGAGAUUUCCAGCGAGGGAACGCAGCACUCCUACGCUGAUGAGGAGAAGGUGGCUUUCGUCAACUGGAUCAACAAAGCUUUGAAGAACGACCCGGACUGCAAACAUGUGGUGCCCAUGAACCCAAACGAUAACAGCCUCUUCAGCUCCCUCAGUGAUGGCAUCGUAUUGUGCAAAAUGAUCAACUUUUCUCAACCUGACACGAUUGAUGAAAGAGUCAUCAACACAAAGAAGCUCACAACCUUCAAAACGAGAGAGAACCUGAUCUUGGCUCUGAACUCGGCCUCAGCGAUCGGCUGCAGAGUCGUCAACGUUGAUGCCCAUGAUCUGAGGGCCGGGACACCCCACCUGGUCCUGGGACUGCUCUGGCAAGUCAUCAAGGUCGGCCUCUUCGCUGAUAUAGAACUCAGCAAGAAUGAAGACCUGAUCGCACUCCUGGAGGAUGGAGAAAAGUUGGAGCAUCUGAUGUCUCUGUCACCCGAGGAGCUGCUGCUCCGCUGGGUCAACUAUCACCUGCGCAACGCAAAAACACAAACAAUCAGAAACUUUAGUGAUGACAUCAAGGAUUCGAGGGCUUACUUCUACCUGUUGAACCAGCUCGCCAUUGAAGAGAUGCUGGAAAAUAAAAGAGGCAUCAGAAUCGACAUGGGUGGCCUCAGUGAGUUUAAUUUGGAAAGAAGAGCUGAGCUGAUGCUGCAGCAAGCGGCCAAAAUGGAGUGCAGACAGUUUGUUUCACCUCGAGACAUCACAGCUGGAAACAGCAAGCUCAACUUGGCCUUUGUGGCGAACCUGUUCAACAUGCACCCCGGCCUGAGGGGGGCGAAAGCCAACAAGGGCAACUGGGACAGCAUAGAAGCGGAGACCAGAGAAGAAAAAACGUUUCGCAACUGGAUGAACUCCCUGGGCGUCUCUCCAAGUGUGAACCAUCUUUACUGGGAUCUGUGCGAUGGCUUGGUGAUUCUGCAGCUCUUGGAGAAAGUCAAAGUGCCUGUGAACUGGAAGAAAGUCAACAAUCCUCCUUUUUCCAUGCUGGGGGGAAACAUGAAGAAGUUGGAGAACUGCAAUUACGCGGUGCAGCUGGGCAAGAAUGUGGCUCACUUCUCUCUUGUUGGAGUCGGAGGAGAAAACCUGAACGAAGGGAGUCGAGUUCACACCCUGGCUCUGGUCUGGCAGCUGAUGAGGAGGUACACAGUUAUGGUUCUGUCAGAUUUGGGUGAUGGAGAGAAGAUUGGAGAUCAAAUCAUCCUGAACUGGGUCAACACCACUCUGGGUCAGAAAAAGAAGUCUUCACAGAUUAGUAGCUUCAAGGACAAGCUGAUCAGCACCAGCAUGCCGGUGUUUGACCUGAUCGACUCCAUCGUUCCCGGCGCUGUCAAAUGGGACAUGGUGCAGAGAGAUGCGAAGGGAAAGAUGACCAAUGAAGAAAAAGUCGACAAUGCCAAGUACGCGAUCUCAUUAGCCCGAAAGAUUGGAGCUCGAGUUUACGCUUUGCCUGACGAUUUGGUGGAAGUAAAUCCCAAGAUGGUGAUGACCCUCUUUGCUUGUCUGAUGGGAUACGGUUACAAAAAGACCUCCAACUAAGAAAAGAUUUUUUGGGAAAAAAAGCAUUUGCAUUUGUUUGCUACAAUCACCAGACAUCAAGUGUUUUCUCAUCAGCAGCUUAACUAAAAUAUUCAUGUUUUUGAAUCUGUCAAUCUCAGUUUUUAUUUGCUUUAUGUCUGGUAUUACUGUUCCACUGUUUGCUUCAAUCAGAGACAAACAUCCCCUUGUGAUAUCCAUGGAUGUUGGAAACAUUUGCUUUGUUUUUUGUGUCUAAGCAGAUUGAUUUUUGUUUGUCAUCAUGUUUUUUGGAUGGUUAAUUUCUCUUUUUUUAGUUUACAACGUAAAUUUAAAACAUGUUUUGAGUUUAUUUCCAUUGAAUGUUGCUAUUUAAUUGUUGAUUAAAAGUAAUAAAUAUAAUAAA